AAAAUUCAGAGGACUAUGAUGUACCAGCUGAGCAUUAUCUCAAUAGUACCGGGAAUACCUAGAGUAAUUUCAUCCCUAUUCUCUCAUUUCUUCCCUGAUUUUCCCUCCACUAUCCUCCGUCAGACCACGGUCAACUGCAUCACACAUAAACGUGGGAGUCGUCGCAGUGGGCCUCCGGAAGGUGGCUCGAACCACAGACAAGUAGAGAAAAAAAAAUAUCCCACUCUCCCCCGGUGUCAGCGAGAGAAAGAGAGAAACAGGGGAUAUCGUACCGGCGUGUGCAGGCCCGAAGUAACACGAGUUGAGUCGAAGAGAGCCGAAAUGACGAACCCUCCGCACACGAUAGACCAACCAGUCGUGCUGCGACCGUCUAACCGUGAGCCUCGCGAGUGUCAAAUUUCGGUUCAUCGGGAUCACGAGUGCAAUCAAGUGUAA